AUAAUGAAGCCCCCAUAUCCCUCGCUCACACCGACCUGGCACAACGACGUCUAUCCAGCCAUCGAAUACAGCAACCCUAAUGUCAGCCAUGAGGGGCACACUAUUAUUAUCACUGGUGCCGGAGGAGGAAUUGGGCGCGAGACUGCCAUUGGCUACGCCACCGCGAGAGCGAAGCACCUCGUCCUCGUCGGCCUCACCAAGUCCAAGCUUGAGGAGACGGCAGCUCAAGCCUCCAAAGCCAAUCCGUAUGCCAAAAUAUCGAUUUUCGAUGCGGACGUGACAGACGAGGCAGCUAUGGCAAAGGUUGCGGGUGAAGUCGGCACUUGGGAUGCCGUGGUGUUCUGUGCAGGCUGGAUGCCCACACCUUCGCCCGUCGCAAAGUCCGAUAUCAGCGACUUUUGGAAGUCAUAUGAGGUCAACGUGAAAGCCAUUGCCGUCAUGGUCAAGGCGUUCCUCCCCACCGCAAGCCCGACAUACGCCGCAUUCUUGGCCAUGAUCAGUGCCGGGAGCGUCUUUCCGGCACAAAUGCUGGUCGGAUAUGCGGGCUAUCAGGUGGCCAAAGUGGCAGCUGCCAAAAUGAUCGAGAUACUGGCAGAGGAGAAUCCCAAUGUCUUCUUCGCUGCUGUUCAUCCAGGAAUGGUCGAGACUGACGGAUUCCGCAAGUCUGGUUAUACGACAGACAUGCUUGCCAUGGACGACGUCAAGCUCCCAGCCGGCUUCAGCUUGUGGGCGUCGUUGCCUGAAGCAAAGUUCCUCACGGGCAGAUUCAUUUGGGCAAACUGGGACAUCGAGGAGCUCAAGGGCAUGCGGGAGGAAAUCGUGUCGGGCACUAAGCUCCUGUUUGGUUACAAUAGCUGGCCGUUUCCCAACAUGUAA